GUUGAAUGAGUUUUUGAUAGGUAGAAUGAAUAGAUUUAAAAUACACUCAUGAGAGGAAAAGAAAAAAAAGAGAAGAAAAACAAUUUAAAUUUUAAAGAAUUGAGAUCAAUAAAAAGUAGAUGAACCCAUAAUUUAAAAAGAAACAAAAAAAUCCACAAGGGUGCAUGGAGAAGACCAGAGUGUCGCUAAGGGCAAAAAAGGAAUGAUCCGCAAAUGCCAAAUUGAAAUGCUGGGUGGUCUGGCAUUUUCAUUUUUAGCUGUUUAGAUUAAGAAGCCAAUUUCAAAAGCCAUCCACCAAACAUUUUUUUUUGUUCUUUGGCAGGUCCAAGUCAUUAAUGAUAGUCAAACAGCCAAUUCUUGGCGGAUCUGCCAAGUGCCAAACAUGGCCUAAGUCUAAACAAUCUGCGGCAAUGGGUGAGGGAAGAAGACUUGGCGAAGGACUUGAAGUUGCAUACAAAGCAACUUCGAAGGACACUACGUUUUUUUGAAGAAGAAAAACUGAUCACGAGGGAUCAUAGGAAAGAGUCAGCAAAAGGUGCUAAAGUAUAUAAUGCUGCCGUUGCUGCUGCCGUUGAUGUUCAGCAUAAUGGUAAAGAAGAUGAAAAAGUCAAGAUGCACACACAUUCUUAUUGCUGUCUAGACUAUGCCCAGAUAUAUGAUGUUGUGAGAUACAGAUUACACCGCAUGAAGAAAAAGCUUAGAGAUGAGCUUGAUUGCAAGAAUACAGUUCAGGAGUAUAUAUGUCCGAACUGUGGGAAAAGAUAUACUGCUUUGGAUGCUAUACGGUUGAUUUCUCCAAAUGAUGAUUAUUUUCACUGUGAAAGUUGUAAUGGGGAGUUGGUAGCAGAGAGUGACAAGUUUGCAUCUCAAGGGAUGACAGAUGGAGAUGAUAAUGCAAGGAGACGUCAUCGUGAACAAUUAGAAAGCAAGCUUCGCAGAAUGGAGGAACAACUAAAACCACUGAUGGAGCUACUUGGUAAUCUAAAAGAGUUGCCUGUUCCGGAACUUGGAAGUCUUCAAGCUUGGGAAGCCCAUGCAAGUGCUGUGGCUCGUGGGGUCAAUGGUGAUUUUAAUGACAAUGAUCCCUUGAAAUUGUCACAUGGUGGAACACCUAUGCCUUUUGUUGGACAGACAAAGGUUGAUGUUUCUUUCUCUGGUCUUGAAGAAAAAGAUGUUAAAUCUGAGGGCUCAUCUUCACCAAAGAAAAAGUUGCCUCCAUGGAUGAUAAGGCAAGGAAUGAACCUCACAAAGGAGCAGCGUGGAGAGACUGUCAAGCAAGAAGAAAAGAUGGAUGGUACUUCAGGGGCCCAAGAAUUCUGCGAUGACAAGAAAUCCGAGGCUGGUAAAGUUGACGUGAAGAAUAUUCAGGAUGAAUACAUUAAGGCAUAUUAUGCUGCUGUACUGCAACGACAGCAGGAGCAAGUAACAGCAGCACAGAAACUAAAAGAGGAGCAGAAUGCGUAUGAUGCACCCAGUACCUCAACUGAGCGCCAAGUUGGAAUGAAAUCCAAACGUGAGGACGAUGAAGGAGAAGAUGGUUUUGAUUGGGAGGAAGGAAUCCCUGCAGCCGCAGGCAGUACAUCCGGGAGCUUCAAGGUGGACCUAAACGUCGAAGCAGAGGCUAUAGAAGAUGAGGAGAAUGACGGCCUUGACUGGGAAGAAGGUUAAUUGGCAAAGUAGCAACAUUUAGCUCGACACUUUUUCCGUGUUCGGAUGGCGGUUAUUGGGGUUUUCCUUGACUGUUGUGGCUUUUAACAUUUUAAAGUUUGAGAAGGGUGGAGAUUCGGAUAUUCGGGCACUGUUUGAUUCAAUUUGGGAUUUUGGAAAUGUGGUUUGGUCAAAAUGUGACAUCUUUGCCAUAUAUUGUUGUAUACCAUCCUAGUAUGUUACAUUGAGCUUCCCAUAUUGAAUUCCUAGGGUAGUCCUUCCACUUGAUCAAAAGAGGAGGCUUAAAUACCUUCAAUUACUUGCCUAAUAGAAUUAUUAGCCUAUA